CUGUAGCUGCAAGCUUCCAUCGCCGUGACGUGCUGGAAAUGGUUCAACAUACUCGCCCGGGCAGACCGAAGACGACGAACUGUGGAAUGUCCCUGGAAAUGUAAUGAGAUAUCACAGCAAGCGAACCCAAACCGAACUGUGCGCUUUGUGUUGCGCUUUAAAAAUGGCCCUUCCUUCACCGCAUCUGCUUGAUUUCUCACGCUUUCCUAGGAAAUCCAGUGACCACUGGCCACACAUCAACCACUGGAGUUGGAGCUUCAGUGUCCAGUGAAGCAUAUAAUUUGCUCAAAAAGUCACGGUACUCAAUUAAUUUGAUUAUAAUCAAUUUCGUGGCUUCCAACACACGCUCCAUCGACAGUCCAUCGCCGUGUGAGUGAGUAUAAAGGUGAAGAAACGUACCUUGUGCUUGCUCACUAACCGACCCGGAUUUCAAAAACGAACAUAAACCGCACCGAAGAUGCUGAUCGAAGAGUGUCCGAUAAUUGGUGUCAAUGUGCGAGUGUGGCUGUUCUGGUCGUAUCUGCGGCGGCCGCGGUUGUCCCGCUUUCUGGUCGGCUGCAUCCCGGUCGCCGUGCUGAACGUGUUCCAGUUCCUGAAGCUGUACUCGUCCUGGGGCGACAUGAGCGAGCUCAUCAUCAACGGAUACUUUACCGUGCUGUACUUUAACCUCGUCCUCCGAACCUCCUUUCUCGUGAUCAAUCGACGGAAAUUUGAGACAUUUUUUGAAGGCGUUGCCGCCGAGUACGCUCUCCUCGAGAAAAAUGACGACAUCCGACCCGUGCUGGAGCGGUACACACGGCGGGGACGCAUGCUAUCGAUAUCGAACCUGUGGCUCGGCGCCUUCAUUAGUGCCUGCUUUGUGACCUAUCCUCUGUUUGUGCCCGGGCGCGGCCUACCGUACGGCGUCACGAUACCGGGCGUGGACGUGCUGGCCACCCCGACCUACCAGCUCGUGUUUGUGCUGCAGGUUUACCUUACCUUUCCCGCCUGCUGCAUGUACAUCCCGUUCACCAGCUUCUACGCGACCUGCACGCUGUUUGCGCUCGUCCAGAUAGCGGCCCUAAAGCAGCGGCUCGGACGCUUGGGGCGCCACAGCGGCACGGUGGCUACGACCGGACACAGCCCGAGCGCACUGUUCGCCGAGCUGAAGGAGUGUCUAAAGUAUCACAAACAAAUCAUCCAAUACGUUCAUGAUCUCAACUCACUCGUCACCCAUCUGUGUCUGCUGGAGUUCCUGUCGUUCGGGAUGAUGCUGUGCGCUCUGCUGUUUCUGCUAAGCAUUAGCAAUCAGCUGGCACAGAUGAUAAUGAUUGGAUCGUACAUCUUCAUGAUACUCUCGCAGAUGUUUGCCUUCUAUUGGCAUGCGAACGAGGUACUGGAGCAGAGCCUAGGCAUUGGCGAUGCCAUUUACAAUGGAGCGUGGCCAGACUUUGAGGAACCGAUAAGGAAAAGGUUGAUUCUAAUUAUUGCACGUGCCCAGCGACCGAUGGUGAUUAAAGUCGGCAACGUGUACCCGAUGACGUUGGAAAUGUUUCAAAAAUUGCUCAACGUGUCCUACUCCUACUUUACACUGCUGCGCCGAGUGUACAACUAAACCUAACCGACAAACAAAUAAAAAUCCCCUCAUCACCAUGCAAAGACAGCAAGCAGCCGAUCAUCAAACACCAUUAGCAGCCACAAAGUUACCAGCCGCUUAUCCCACGGGAUUUGGUGGAAAGUUAUUGCACUGAAGCUUCUUCACCCAAAUCUUCAUGCAAACCA